UCUACUAGCUCCGUCGCUGAAUUGGCCAAGUGCAGCUGUGUGUGUGAUUUAUAUUAUAUAAAUAUAACGAGUAAGAGAGAGGGACAGGCAACCUCCAGGAUUUCGAAUCCUUGGCCUUGAGCUCAGGCUUUGUGCAACAAUCAGCACCAGCCCAUGUCUGACCUGCCUACCCUGAACUAGCGAUACACGGCAUGGCUGGAGUUACAUUGUUAACAAGAAGGGGAUACGUUAUGUGCCAAUUCAAGCAGGGUCAAUGUUAACAGCAGGAAUGUUAACAUUGUGUUCGAGAAAUGUUCACACGAUGCCAUAAGUGGACGUAUGCGAGCAAAGAAGAGGCCUCCUAGUUUUGAAGGAUCGAUGGAUAACAACCCUCCACUGAGAUCAUCUGGAAGACAGGUCAAGAAGAAAACUUUUGAAACUGAGGAAGAGGAAGAGGGUUCUGAAAAAAAAUAUAGGAAGUGUGAAAAAGCUGGCUGCAGUGCAACAUAUCCUGUUUGUUUUGCAAGUGCUUCAGAGAGAUGUGCUAAAAAUGGUUAUACAUCACGUUGGUACCAUUUAUCUUGUGGGGAACAUUUCUGCAAUGAAUGCUUUGAUCAUUGUUACAGAAGCCACAAAGAUGGAUAUGAGAAGUAUGCAACUUGGAAAAGAAUUUGGACCAGUAAUGGCAAAAGUGAACCUAGUCUGAAAGCAUUUAUGGCUGAUCAGCUGGUUCCUUACUGGGUACAGUGUACUAAGUCAGAUUGUGCAAAAUGGCGUCAGCUAACAAGGGAUGUCCAGAUGACAACAACAUCUGCAAAAACAUACCGUUGCGGCCUGAAAACCCAUAACACUGUUAAGAGUGAAAAUUCAGAUCCUUGCUCUUUGUCUGAAGACAUGCGAGUGAGUGAAGUUGGAGAUGGUAAGUGGUAUUCCAUGCUCAUUGUGCCUCCACUGCUGAAGGACAGCCCAGCAGCCCCCUUUCUUGGUGCUUACUAUCCAGACUGUGUGGGCAUGAGUCCAUCCUGCAGCAACACAAAUCGUUUCCACAAUGAGUUCUCCAGCAUGAAGAUGAUCUCCUCAGAGCACAGUAAAAAAAAUGUGCAGUCACCAGGCUGGCCACCACCACUUGAAAAUCCAAACAAACACAAACUGCAGUCUGACCGUUGUAGGCCCAGGCAGAUGAUCUGCAUUGCAGGAAUGAGUCCUUACUUCCAACCUUUCUAUCAACCCAACGAAUGUGGAAAAGCCCUUUGUGUGAGACCAGAUGUGAUGGAACUGGAUGAGUUGUAUGAGUUUCCUGAAUAUUCCCGGGAUCCUACAAUGUACUUAGCAUUGAGAAAUCUAAUUUUGGCUCUUUGGCAUAUUAAUUGCAAAGAGGUUCUUACUCCACAAAAGUGUGCAAACCAUAUAGUUGUUCGAGGGCUUGUUCGUAUUCGUUGUGUCCUGGAAGUGGAGAAGAUUUUAUAUUUUGUGACAAGAAAGGGCUUGGUCAACACUGGGAUCUUGGCUGUUAACCCAGAUCAUCCCCUCCUGCCCAGUUAUUAUCACAAGAAAAAUGUUAUUGUAAUUGGCGCUGGUGCAGCAGGCUUAGCAGCUGCACGACAACUGCAAAAUUUUGGAAUUAAGGUAAUGGUGCUGGAAGCCAGAGAUCGGAUUGGUGGACGUGUUUGGGAUGACCACUCUCUCGGUGUGACUGUAGGAAAAGGAGCACAGAUUGUUAAUGGCUGCAUAAACAACCCUAUAGCACUAAUGUGUGAGCAACUUGGAAGUAAGAUGUACAAAUUGGGGGAUAGGUGUGAUCUAAUUGAAGAAGGUGGAAGGGUGGUUGAUCCCACCAUAGACAAGUGCAUUGACUUCCAUUUCAAUGCAAUGCUGGAUGUUGUAGCAGAAUGGAGAAAAGACAAGAAACAAUUUCAAGAUGUGCCUCUUGGAGAAAAGAUUGAGGAGAUCUACCAAACUUUUAUUCAAGAAUCUGGAGUCCAGUUCAGUGAACUAGAAGCCAAAGUGCUGCAGUUUCAUCUUGGCAACCUUGAAUAUGCAUGUGGUAGCAACCUACAGCAGGUGUCUGCACGUUCCUGGGAUCACAAUGAGUUUUUUGCCCAGUUUGCAGGUGAUCAUACUCUCUUCACAUCAGGUUACUCUGCCAUCAUCAAUAAACUUGGUGAUGGUCUGGACAUUCGACUUAAUACUCCAGUACAGACCAUUAAUUACUCAGGAGAUGACAUUCGCAUUGGGACAGCUAAUGGAAUGUUAUGGACAACUCAGAAGGUCUUGGUUACUGUUCCUCUAGCUCUUCUUCAGAAAAACACUAUUCAGUUUUAUCCAGCUCUAUCUGAACGGAAACUCAAGGCCAUCAACAGUCUAGGUCAAGGGGUAAUUGAAAAGAUUGCCCUACAGUUUCCAUAUAAAUUUUGGCAGAAAAAAAUUCAAGGAGCGGAUUUCUUUGGCCAUAUUCCUCCCAGUCCUAACAAACGAGGACUUUUUGGAGUAUUUUAUGAUAUGGAUCCACAAGGUGAGCAUUGUGUUCUGAUGUCUGUGAUCAGUGGAGAUGCAGUGGCCGUCGUUCGGGAUAUGCAAGAGCAGCAAGUGGCUGAAUUAUGUAUGAGCGUCCUCAGAGAACUGUUUAAAGAAGAGGAAGUCCCAGAUCCAAUCAGAUAUUUUGUUACACACUGGAGCAAGGACCCAUGGGCACAGAUGGCUUACAGCUUUAUAAAGGCAGGGGGAAGUGGUGAGGCCUAUGAUAUAAUCGCUGAAGAUAUACAAGGAAAAGUGUUUUUUGCUGGGGAGGCAACUAAUCGACACUUUCCGCAAACUGUUACUGGGGCCUACCUGAGUGGAGUCAGAGAAGCGAGUAAAAUUGCUACAUUGUAAAAGAUGACUUUGUAAUUUAUAACUUAAGGUACAAGAAGAAAAUGUACAUAGAGAGUCUACAUUUCUAAACAAAUUAUUGCUGAUUAUUAUACAGGUCAAGUUUUAAAGAUCACUGAAAUUCUUGGCAAAACUGGUGUUUGAAAGUGCAAAAUGAAUAUCACUUUCAAACUGUCAGCAAAUAAGUGGCAAAGCUUCACAUGAAGACAUGGAAAACUAUACCAUUGCAAUACUCCAGUUCCAUUUAUAAAUGGUGUGGGCAAAGCUGCCUUCACAUUAAAUUUAUUUAAUAAAGUUACUGAGCAAAGCUCACAAUAUUAACAAGAGGUCACACUUGAGCGUCACUAGCUACUUCACAGGGUUUGAACUGUGCAGUUUGUUUUGUACAAUUAGCAUUUUUGAUUCUAACAUGUUAAAAUAGCUGCCACAGAAGCUGACCAGGGAGAGUUAGUUAAGGAAGCAUUCAAUGUUUGUAUUGUCUGAAUUCCAGCAGUUAAAGAUUUGUGACCUGACAAAAAUGCAGAAUACUAUUUUAAGAUAAAAUGUAAACUAAAGCUGGUUUCUCCCAUGACUUAGACAUGCCCGUGUUGGACUGGAGUGUGCAGAGUUUUUAAAAAAAAAUCACUACCAGGUUAUAGUCCAACAGGUUUAUUUGGGCGUGCUACUUCAUCAGGACACCCACCUGAUAAAGGAGCAACACUCCAAAAGCUAGUGCUUCCAAAUAAACCUGUUGGACUAUAACCUGGUAUUGUGAUUUUUAAACUUGGUUUUUCCAGUAAGGCUUUUAAUUCUUAAAGCACCAACUUACCCAGAUGGGGUAAAUCCUCUUGCUUUGGAAAUGCUGAGCAGCAGUGUAAUGCAUCACAGACUCUGGACCAAGUCACAAUGUCAAAAUUAGGUAAAAUAUCUCGUUUCCCUCCCUAUUUGAAAAACUCAAAUUGAGACAGAACAGUUUGGAAUGAUAAAUGACUAGUUUCUUUCUUUCAUUAAUAAAACCUGGUGAUUGUGCAGUAAGUCUGACACUGCCUUUUCUACUCAGUUAAUCUGGGCUAAUUAUUUUUGUAAAGUGUAUAGAAUGACAAAUGCAAGGAUAAUAAUCCUACUUGAACAAGGUUAAAGCUCCUGUAUCUUUGAUUUUAUAUAUGGUAAAGUACAGGAUUUUCUAGACCUGUAACUUAAAUCCUGUAUAUAAUUUGAUGUAAAUAUUUAGUUAAUGUUCAGAUCACCUGUCUGUGCAACCAAAUGAGUAAUAGUGUAGAGUCAAAUGCUGUUGAACAUGAGUUAUGCAAGAUCAAUAGGGUAGUUUUAUUCACAAAGCAAGUGGACUAAAUUAGUCUCAAUAUAGUGACAAACAUCAUUUUAAAAACUCCAUCACUAAAAAAAAACUCAGGUAUUUUAACAGCUGUCCUCCAAUUCCACUGGUCAAUUACACUAGACUGAAACAAUACUAAUUCACCAAUGUAACUGCCUCAGCCUACUUGCUAUUUAACUUGUUGCAAAAUUCAAGCCAGUUGCAUCAGUACCAAAAAAAUGUUUACUAUCUGGCAUUGAGUUUUUCAGGACCACUUUAAAUCUGGGAUUAGUAAUACUCAAGAUACCAAUCUCCUGGGAAUACCAAUUAAGUAAUAGUUACAUUCGAUGUUGUACUGUUAUUUCUGCAUCUAGGUCUGAAUGUCAUUGCAUAUCAUUAUGUAGCAGAAUAUGUCCUUUUGGUAGAUGAAAGGUACAACAUCUGGUCUCAGUUUCAAUACUAAAAUUUUAUUUGUUGAGAUUGUUUAAUUCAAUGAUUGGGUUUUAAGCACAAUUGACUAACCAGAGUAGACUGAACAAAAAUACCAUCAGGAGGAGGAGUAUUCUUGUACUGUGAUAACAUUUAAUCAUUAAUACAACUUAAUUUAUGUUUUGAGUAUUUGUUUCUCAUCAUUUUAAAUGGCCUUGCAGCAAGAUGAAAGUUCUACUUUUUCCAUUAGAAAGAUUACUUUCUGUAAAGCAUUAAUAACUUUGAUCAUUCAAGUUGUUAAUCAAAAAGGUGCUCAAGUAAAAUUAAAACAUGAACUAC